AUGCCUAUUCCUUUUGUAGCACAUGCCGUGCAAUUUAAUUACGAUCAUGUAGUUUUGUACUGGAAGACGUAUCUAAAGGUCUUCUUUACUUUGGCUGCAAUAGGCGGCUUCAAAUUUUGGACUAUGGGUCGCUCUACGACCUGGGAGAGAAAGAUGAAUGGAAUGGUUGUGAUUGUUACAGGAGGAACUUCUGGAAUAGGAAAACGAGUGGUAGAAAAGCUUGCUUUACUAGGAGCGCAUGUUGUAAUUUUGCUUCGCUCAGAGCCCGAUCAAUUUACAGUAGAUUUGAUUAUGGAUCUCCGAAAUCGUUCAAACAAUCAAUUUAUUUAUUCGGAAGUAUGUGACUUGAGCUCCAUGCUUUCCGUCAGAAAAUUCGCUACGAAAUGGAUUGACGCUUCUCCCAUUCGAAGACUCGACAUGAUCAUCUUGUGCUCAGGCUUGUCUCUGCCUCCGUACGUCGAUCGCCAAGUUACUGCGGAAGGUGUUGAGUUACAGUGGGCAACCAACUUUCUAGGCCCUUACCAACUAAUGCGCAUUAUGCGUCCUGUCUUAUAUGGUCAACCCGGCCACAGGGACGUACGUAUUAUCGCUGCAACGUGCUCAUCCUACGUUUUGGGUGACAUAAAGUUUGAUGAUCUUGCUUUAGAUAAUCACCCAUACCCUCGAUCGAGUCCCUGGAAGGUUGUGGGAAAUGCUAAGCUUGCCCUUAUGACUUAUCUUUACGACUUUCAAAAGAAGGCACAAAACCACGAACGACCUGACAACAUGCCUUGUAAUAUUCAUACUGUAAUGGUGAAUCCAGGCGUAGUACGUACUCCCGGAUUUCGGCGAUUCAUCUCUUUAGGUCGUGUCUGGGGAUUACUCCUAUACUUGCUUCUUUGGCCAUUUUGGUGGCUGAUUAUAAAGGGCGCUCUGAAGGGUGCACAAUCUUUUUUUCAUGCAAUCUGUAGUCCGGAAUUCGGUGCCACUACUGAGUACUUGCUCGUUAAUGAAUGCACAAUGAUAGAACCUUCACGAAAGGAAAUUCAAGAUCCAGAAUAUGCAGAGAAAUUAAUCAAAGCUGCUGAUGCCCAAAUUGAUGAAAUUGAAAAGCAAUACAAGAAGAAAGGAGCUUCAAAAACAAGCAAAAAGUAA